GACUACACAAAACAUCCUUCAAAACCAGAUCCUAGUGGAGAAUGCCAGCCAGAAUUGAGACUGAAGGGCCAUCAGAAAGAGGGUUAUGGUCUCUCUUGGAACCCAAACCUGAAUGGGAAUUUACUCAGUGCAUCUGAUGACCAUACAAUUUGCCUGUGGGAUAUCAAUGCCAACCCCAAAGAAGGACGUGUGAUAGAUGCACAGACUAUUUUUACAGGACACACAUCAGUCGUAGAGGAUGUGUCCUGGCAUCUUCUUCAUGAAAGCUUGUUUGGUUCAGUGGCUGACGAUCAGAAGUUGAUGAUUUGGGACACAAGGUCAAAUAACACAAGUAAGCCGAGUCACACGGUGGAUGCCCACACAGCAGAAGUGAACUGUUUGUCUUUUAAUCCAUACAGUGAAUUCAUCCUGGCCACUGGAUCUGCAGAUAAAACUGUUGCAUUAUGGGAUCUGAGGAAUUUAAAACUGAAACUACAUUCCUUUGAAUCGCAUAAAGAUGAAAUUUUCCAGGUCCAGUGGUCUCCACACAAUGAAACUAUACUGGCCUCCAGUGGCACAGACAGAAGACUGCAUGUAUGGGAUCUCAGUAAAAUUGGUGAAGACCAGUCUGCAGAGGAUGCUGAAGAUGGCCCACCUGAACUUCUGUUCAUUCAUGGUGGCCAUACUGCCAAAAUAUCAGACUUCUCAUGGAAUCCCAAUGAGCCAUGGGUGAUCUGCUCUGUGUCUGAGGACAACAUCAUGCAAGUGUGGCAGAUGGCUGAAAAUAUCUACAAUGAUGAGGAACCAGACACCCCUGCAACAGAACUUGAGUCUACAGCAUCAUAAUGAAGUGAAAAUUUUACUGCUGCUGAUGUCAGACAUUUAAAAUUGAUUUGAUAUGUAAAAACGGGAAGAUUGGUCAAUUUUUGAACAGUGUUGGUUAAAUUUUUUUCCUGGAAAACGUGGACUUUUUAUCUUGAGUAUGCAAGCUUACAAAAUACAUUAGGACUAGAUGUAAUAGUACUAUUUGAUCGUCCUUGAAGCUGAUACUGCACAACUUAUAAGAUAUGGUAAAAAUGGAUUGGAUCUGUACAUAGUAAAGCUUUAGUGAAUAGAGUGAAUGGAUCUGCGAUUGUAUGGAUUUUUCUACCAUGAAAAAUAAAGAUGGGGAAGUGUUAUUGAUAACUACGCUUCACUUAAUUAAGUGAAAGAACCUUCUGCGAAUGUAUGAAUUUUCCUACCAUGUAAAAUAAAGAUGGAGAACCAGU